AUGUCCCUCCCCCCAGACUACGCCAAUGAGAUAGCCGCCCUCGACCGCGAGAUCCUCAAGCACAAGCCCCACGACAUCCUGCAGUUCUGCGCGAGCUUCUUCAACCGCCGCCUCGAGUCCCAGCGCGCCGAGUUCCUGCUCUCGCAACAGCAUUCCAGCCACCAAGGCCGUGCCGAGCACAGCUUCCCCGGCAACAACCCCUUUGGCACCUCGCCCAGCUCCGGCGGCUUCGCAAAGAGCCCCAUGCAGCGCCUCGAAGAAGAGGAGGAGGGCGACCUGAUGGCCUCGCCCACUGCCUCGUCCUUUGCACGCGCCGACCUCAACAACGCGCCCCCCACCACCCACGGCGAGUCCUCCUUUGGCAGCUUGGGCAGCUUUGGCAACUUCGGCGGCUUUGGCGGCUCCUCCAAGAACGAGGUCACCCAGAUGCCGCCCAUCGCAGGCGGCAGCACCCCCAACAACUACAACACCAACCGCCGCGUCUCCGUCUCCGCAGAGUCCCUCAACCCCACAUCAGCAGACAACGACAGCUUCACCGCCCCCUACCACCACAAGACAGACGAGCAGGUGUCGCGUCUGAGAUCCGCCGUCUCAGGCAACUUCCUCUUUUCACACCUCGACGACGAGCAGUCGGCACAAGUGCUCGGCGCGCUGCAUGAGAAGCCCAUACCCACAAAGGGCAUCAAGGUCAUUUCCCAGGGCGACGUCGGUGACUACUUCUACGUUGUCGAAAAGGGCGCUUUCGACAUCCAUGUCAACAAGUCCGGUAAGCUCGAGGCUGGCGUGGAUGGACUGGGCGCAAAGGUGGGCUCUGUCGGCCCUGGUGGAUCCUUUGGUGAGCUUGCGCUCAUGUACAACGCUCCUCGCGCGGCCACCGUCAUCUCGGCCGAGCCCUCGACUCUGUGGGCCCUCGACCGCGUCACCUUCCGCCGCAUCCUCAUGGACAGCGCCUUCCAACGACGACGCAUGUACGAAGGCUUCCUUGAAGAGGUCCCACUCCUCUCCACCCUUACUCCAUACGAGCGCUCCAAGAUCGCAGACGCACUCGAGACGAAGAAGUACCCUCCCGGCACCGAGAUCAUCAGGGAGGGCGACAUUGGCGAGUCCUUCUACAUCCUCGAGUCUGGAGAAGCACAGGUCUACCUUCGCGGAAACGAUCAGCCUGUCAAGAGGUACAACAAGGGCGAUUACUUUGGUGAGCUUGCCCUGCUGAACGAUGCGCCGCGCGCUGCCUCGGUCGUUAGCGAGACCGAGGUCAAGGUUGCGACCCUCGGCAAGAACGGAUUCCAGCGUCUGCUUGGCCCUGUUGAAGGCAUCAUGAGGCGGAAUGACCCCAGCAAGGAGGGGGACAACAUCGACCCUUUGUCAAGGAACUCAUGA